AUGAAAGCAGGGUCUUGGGUCUUGGUAAUUGUGGCUGAAGUUGAUGCAUCUACCUUAUCAGAGUUAAGAAUAAAUAAGAACACUAUUCAGAGAGAUGAACAACUUUUCUCUGAUUUAUCGAGGGAUAUAAAUUGGGGGGAGAAAAGUACUCCCAUCUCGAUAAUAUUGAAUGCUGAAGAAGGGUUAACAACAAACGAACAAGGUCUUAAUGAGUAUACGUCAUUUCACAAAGUAGCGGUUAAUGAAACGGAAGAAGUGAUUGUCAAACAACAUCUCAUCGGUGUAGUUUGUGAAAGUAGAGAAUGUUUGACGAUUGCAUUUUUUCCAGCACGCUUUCUGCAAUUAAGCCGUUCGGAUCGCCUUCCGGUUGAUAUCCCAUUGGAUAUAUUGUUUCUGAAUUGUUCGUAUGAGUUCGUGAAGUUGAAAGUUGUCAUCACCAUCGCAGUGAUCACGAUAACAGCAAAAGCCAACACGGAUUUUAAUCGUACGUUUCAUGUAGCUUACUACAUGCAUGAUGCAAUCCUUGGCAGUGGCAAUAUGACUAUAUAUAGAACCGGUACAAUCCAAAACGUAACAAAGGUCAACAUUCAUUGCGGAUUUGAUCCUUUUAAGCAUUGA